AUGGAUUCUAUUACUGCAGCCCAAAGAGACAAACUUGCUCGCGAAGUUAUGCGUGAACAGGCCGCUCUAGAAACACAAAGAUACGAGCAAGAAUUACACCGUGCUUCUGUCUACAGCACCGCCAGUUCUGCAACCAAUGGACGUCGCCUUUCUGCUAACCGUCCAAUGGCUGACCCAAAUGCAUUCAUGACAAACUCAGAGGUUAACCAGUUCGAUCGUGGUGUUUGGCAAAAGAACAUGUCUCCUUCCGAUCGAGCCAAGGAGUUGGCAAGCGAGAUGAAGGCAAAGCAAAAAAUGAGAGGUCAGGUCCGGGAAAAGAUGGUCAAGGUUGGAGACAAGGUUAUGAGAGUCGAGUAA